AUGUCUACGACCACGACUUUACAGAAGCCCGUGAGCGAUGACCCUGCAACCUCGGCGGUUGAUGGGAAAAAUGAAGUGGGCGAUGUACCGGGAGCGUCGAGCCAGCCAAAGGCGCCCGUCUUCCCAGAAGGCGGAUGGAAAGCCUGGCUGGUCGUCGUCGGCUGCUGGUGCACUUCAUUCGCGUCAUUUGGCAUUGUCAACUCCUUCGGGGUCUACGAGACCUAUUACCUCAACUCCUACCUCCACGGCCCUCUCACCGAUCGAUACGGGCCUAUGAUUGUCGUCUGGCCUUUCUCCUUACUCUUGGUCGUCGCCAUGAUGUUGACAAGCCUAUGCACCAAGCUCUACCAGUUUAUAUUAUGUCAAGGCAUCUUGCUGGGGCUCUGUUGUGGCUUGAUCUUCGCCCCGGCACUGGCGGUAAUUGGACAGUACUUUUUCAAGAGAAGGGCAUUGGCCAUGUCUCUGGCGUCCACAGGGUCACCUAUUGGAGGCAUAAUCUACCCGAUUGUUCUCAAUAACCUUUUGCCGAAAGUUGGGUUUGGCUGGGCUCAAAGGACGUGUGGCUUCAUUAGUCUUGCUCUUUUGGCGCUCGCAGCAGUUUUGAUCCGCCCGACUGGGAUGAAGAGAAAGAAUAAGCUGUUCUUGCUGGAAGCAUUCAAGAAGCCACAAUACUCGUUUCAGGUCGCUGCGCUCUUCAUGAUCGUCCUUGGGAUAUGGACGCCAUAUUUCUACAUCGCUGAGUUCGGUAUCGACCACGGUAUGGACAGAGGGCUUGCCGGAUACCUAUUCGCCAUGAUCAACGCCGGUUCUUUCGCGGGUCGAGUCGGAGGUGGGUUUCUGGCCAACGCUCUGGGUCAGUUCAACGUCAUCACUGCUGCAGCGUACACGUCUGCGAUUCUGAUCUUCUCCUGGCUGGCAAUCUCUCACGCUGGAGGAAUCAUUGCCCUUGCGGUACUGUUCGGCGCCACUAGCGGCAUCAUCAUAGCGUUGAUGAUGAGCACUGUAGCCCACACGGCUGAUCAUCCUUCGAAAAUUGGUACAUAUCUAGGACAAUCGACCUUCGUGAUCGGUUUCGCCUCGUUGGCAGGCACGCCCAUCACUGGAGCAUUGAUCAGCCAGCAUGGAUUCACGGCGGGAAUCAUCUUCAGCGCUGCAGUGAUUAUGGCCGGUGCAGUUCUCAUCACAUUUGCCCCGUACUUUCAUGCGCCGGAGAAGCUCGUGGCCUAG